AUGGCCCUGAAGGAUCGCCUUUGCUCGGCUCUGGCCCUCUGCCAGUCCAUUGUCUUCUUCUUCUGCAAAGGGAUGAUCGAAGGGCUGGUCGUCAUCCUCUUCCUGUGGUUACUGGUCCAGGUGCUGCUGGACAAACACCAGAGAGUGCAUCUGCAGGUGUUCCUGGGCGUGGGGCUGGCCCUCCUGUGCUUCUGCCUCCUCCUCGGCUGCGCCAUCUGCUGGCACCGGCGGCGGAAACACAGCCUCCUCGGCCACAAAGGGCGGGCACCGUCGGAGCCCCCGCAGGUGGAGCUGGGGCCCCUCGUGCCUUCCAAGACGACCGCGGUGGCCAUACAGCAACAGUACGUCGGACUCGAAGGCGAGGUUCGGGAGCCUUCUGCGGCUGCCAACGGGCCUCCCAGGAGCCUCCUUCAGGGCAGAGCCUCGUUACCCAGCCUCCCACUGCCCCGGAAGCUGAGCUUGCCAGUCAAGCCCCCACUACCCCUGGAGCGCCGUUGCACCAUCAGUGGAGACAGCCUCUUGGGCAGCGAAAGCCACCUUCUCCCCAGUUCCAUCCUGGGCGCCGGCAUCCCCCACUCGUACACCAUGCCGAAGGGUCUGUCCAUGGCUGCCGCUAAGCCCCGGCCACACCUCCACUUCACCCUGUCCUACUCACAGCCGGAGGCCACCCUGACGGUGACGGUGAUCGGCGUCUCCCACCUGCCCAAGGGCUUCCGGGCCAGCCGGAACUCCUACGUCAAGGUCUACCUGCUUCCGCGGUUUGCUGAGCCGCAGCGCACGGCCUUGCAGAGGAAGAGCUUGAACCCCGAAUUCCACGAGCAGUUCCAUUUCGGCCACUACACUCUGGAAGCACUGCAGGGCCUGACUCUGCGCUUUGCGGUCUAUGCCAAGGAGUUCCGCCACCUGAAGGACUCCUUCAUUGGCGAGGUGAUGUUUCCAUGCGCUCAAGCCUCCUGGAACCCAGGGGUGCCCUCCGCCUAUACCCAGGAGUUGUCGACCACCAAAAGCAAACUCAAAAAGUGUCUCAGUUCCCAGGACGUGAGCUAUGGCUCUGUACUCACCCAGCCCAAGUCUGCGGGACAGCUUUUCCUUCUACUCCAGUACCAAGCACUGGCCAACCGCAUCAAAGUGCUGGUCCGUAAGGCCGAGAAUCUGGGCCGGCUCACCCGCAUGCCAGGGACACCAGACCACUAUGUAAUGAUCCAUCUGCACCACAAUGGAAAGGUUGUUGACACCAAGGAGACCAAGUCCGUGGCAGGCUACAGUCCUGUGUGGAAUACCCCUUUCCUCUUCAGUAUUCCCGCUGGGGACAUCCAGGAGCACCAGCUGUCUUUUGAGUUCACGGUGAUGCAGGCUCGCCUUUACACCCGCAGCUGUGCCGUGGGCCGAGUGCUGAUCGGUCCCGAUGCUCCAGAGACGGGGCAGGUCCACUGGAAAGAGAUGUGCCGCCGAGGGAACGUGGAGUCCGCCCGCUGGCAUUCGAUCCAACCUGAAGGCGCCCAGCUCUGCCCUUGACGCACACAUGUGAAGAUUCCGCCUGGAGAGAUAUUUGCCAGUCAUGACUAGGGAUAGCCAGAGUGGGCAACUCCCAUUAGCUGUUCCUGGGGGCAGGGACCUUGACAGCACCUUGACAUGCCCUGGAUCAAUUCCUCAGUACUCCAGUCCUCCACACCGCCUGACAUUGGUGGAGGCAUUGGUGACUUCAAACACUGGAAGGGAGUGUUGGAUUCCUUUCACGAAAUCCCCUCCGUCAAACAUGGGAGGGCCUGCGGCAAGAUCUAGGGCCCUGGGUCCUAGAUCUUCUAAGCACCAUGCAAUGAUCCUGCAUGGAAACACAGAACUCGACAGCCAAAGCAACAGUCAUGCAUGCCAGAAGAUGCCACUGGAAGCCAAUCAUGGCUCAAGAUGUUGGGUAAUGCCAUGCCUCCCAGAGGGGCAGGAUGCCAACGAGCCCACUUUGAGGAUGGGCCAGGCUGAGAACUGAAAACUCCAUGCAAAUUCUGAAUGCUCCCAAGUAAGGGACGUGGGUGGCUUGUCUAAAGAGGAGCAAGAUUACUGGGUGCGCCCCCAAACCCUUUGUUGAAAUAAAAGAUUGCGACAUAGACAGGUGGGACAGGGAAGGCGGAAGGGAGGGGACCUUAGCUCAGUGAUAGAGCACCUCCUUUGCAUGUCUCAGGUUCUCAGGUUCUCUCCUUUGCAAGUCUCAGGUUCACUCCCUGGCAGCAUCUCCAGGUAGGGCUGGGAAAGACGCCUGGCUGAAGUCCUGGCUGGUUGCUGCCAGUCAGUGUAAAAGGUGAAGUUGUGCCGUCAAGUCGGCGUCAACUCCUGGAGGCUUUAUAGACAGGACUUCUACCCCGAAUCUCUUUCGGAAGAGCAUGUGUGCGUUCACACACCAGCCAAACAUACCCCGAAGUCCCUCCGAGAUCCUUGGACCCACUCCACACACAAAUCGGGCUUUGUCUUGCAAAUUCUAGCUUAUCUUGGUGUAUUUCCGUGUUUUUAAAAAUGCUGGCUUGAAGCUGUUGUUUCUGAAAACGCCGGAGCAAAUAGGGAGAGGCACGGACUAGAAUCAUUAGCAUGAUCAGAGGGAUACUCUCUUUAGAAAUGCAGAUAUAGAUCUUUAGAAAUCCCCCCCCCCCCACCAAUUGGCUAGAAAGAAAACACGGAGACUAGAAUCAUUAGCAUGAUCAGAGGGAUACUCUCUUUAGAAAUGCAGAUAUAGAUCUUUAGAAAUCUCCCCCCCACCACCAAUUGGCUAGAAGGAAAACACGGAGACUAGAAUCAUUAGCAUGAUCAGAGGGAUACUCUCUUUAGAAAUGCAGAUAUAGAUCUUUAGAAAUCUCCACCCCCCACACCAAUUGGCUAGAAGGAAAACACGGAGACAUGCCAUGUGAACUUGCAUCAAAACAAAACCCGAGCGCAGAGGGGAGGGGCUGCUUCCCUCAGUGCCACAAGUAUGAUCCGAAGUGGCUUCGCUCAACAUUUACCCCGCAGCAUGAAGCCAAGUGCGGAUAACUCCCUGGCAACCACCUAGCCCUGUGGUUGUCUUUGGUAGAAUACAGGAGGGGUUGACCAUUGCCAUCUCCUGUGCAGUAUGCGAUGAUGCCUUUCAGCAUCUUUCCUAUAUCACUGCUGCCCGACAUAGGUGUACCAGCGGGGAUUCGAACCAGCAACCUCUUGCUCCCUAGGCAAGUUGCCUCCCCGCUGUGCUUGCCAGUCAGUGUAGACGUAGUGAAUUAGAUGGAUCAAUGGCCUGACUCAUUAGAUAGCAGCUUCCUAUGUUUCUCAGUGGCAGAGAAUCUGCUUUGCAUGCAGCAGGUCCCAGGUUCAAUCCCUGGCAGCAUCUCUAGGUAAGGCUGGGAAUACCUGAAACCUUGGAGCGCUGCUGCCAAUCUGUGUAGAUAAAUCUGAGCUAGAUGGGCCAAUGGCCUGACUCUGUAUAAGCUUCCUAUGUAUCCUAUGCCUUGAUAGCCAGUGGUUGACCUCAGCUCCAUCUAUGUUUCUAAAUGUUAAGAGUUAACUAAACUCUUGGUUAUAUCCAGGCAGGGCAGAGAGAGAUUCCUGCCUGAAACCUUGGAGAAGCCGCUGCCAGUCAGGAUCGACAACACAGAGCUAGAUGGACCAAAGGUCUGACUCGGUAUAAGGCAGCUUGUUCCUGGGGUGGAUUAAUGCAGAGGCCAUAUAGGCACCUGCCUAUGGCGCCAAAUUUUGAGGGCUGGCAACUUUUGGGAGUGGUGUGCAAGUAAAGGGCUUGGGUGGGGGGGGGAGUUAAAUCUUCCUUCUCUACCUUUUAAAAACCGCCACUGCGCGUUGGGAUGGCGGAAGGAUGGUGGCGGAACGGUAAGGAUGGUAGCGAGAGCUCCUCCCACGGGCCCGCCUGCCUCCCAAAUGACAGGUCGUGCUGUUUUCAGCCCAUUUGGGGGGGCUCUCUGCGCAUCGUAAAAAAGAUUUAACUCCCCCCCCCCCCGGGCAAGCCCAUUACUUUUAAAGGGGAAUCCUUGCCAGAUUCCCCUUUACAAGUAUAGCUGUUGAGCCCCUCAAGCUGGGGCGGCAAAUCUUUGGUUGCCUACAGGCGGAAAAAAGCUUAAUCCAACCCUGGCUUCUUAAGUUCCCAAGGGAAAAGUGGACAGAGGCUUCUGGUUCAGGGCCUGAUUCCUUCUGCCCUGCACCACUUGGGCAUACUGUUCUCGGAAAUGGAAGGUGGUCACUGUCGUACCUCCUGGAAAGUGUCGUCUGCAUAAACUGUGCCUGGCCGUUGUGAUAGUACUGAAACCUGGACCAGUAAUCAUAAGAACAUAAGGAUAUAAGAAUAGCCCUGCUGUUUCACACAGUGACCCACCAGAUGCUGCUGGAAGCCUACAGGCAGGUGUUGAGGACAUGCCCUCCCUCCUGCUGUUACUCCCCUGCAACUGGUACUCAGAGGCAUCCUGCCUUUGAGGCUGGAGGUGGCCUAUAACCCUCCAAUUAGUAGCCAAUGAUAGACCUCUCCUCCAUGAAGUUAUUCAAACCCUUCUUAAAGCCAUCCAGGUUGUUGGCUGUCACCACAUCUCGUGGCAGAGAAUUCCACAGGUUGACUAUGCGUUGUGUGAAAAAGUACUCCUGUCUGUUGGUCCUAGAUUUCCUGGCAAUUAAUUUCAUGGGAUGACCCCUGGUUCUAGUGUUAUGGGAGAGAGAGAAAAUGUCUCCCUAUCCACUUUCUCCACACCAUACAUGAUUUUAUAGACCUCUAUCUUGUCUCCUAGCAUUCAUCGUUUUUCUAAACUAAAUAGCCCAGGUGUUGUAGCCUUGCCUCAUAUUAAGAAAGGUGCUCUAUGAUCAUCUUGGUUGCCCUCUCCUGCCUUUUCCAGUUCUACAAUGCCCUUUUUUUAGAUGUGGUGUCCAGAAUUGUAUGCAGUACUCCAGAUGUGGCCUCAUCAUCGUUUUCUUUGUAUAAGGGCAUUAUAAUAUUAGCCGUUUUAUUUUCAAUCCCCUUCCUAAUGAUCCCUAGCAUGGAAUUGGCCUUUUUCACAGCUGCCACACAUUGAGUCAACACUUUCAAUGAGCUGUCCACCAUGACCCCAAGAUCCCUCUCCUGGACAGUCACCGACAGAUGCCACAGUAAAUGGAGCGUCACAGAAGAAGGGGGAAGCUCUGCACCUCUUUAGUUGCGGUGAAAUAAACACCAAGGUUGCGGUGGAGGGAAAUCGGAGUAGAAACAGGUAUAUGUCAAAAGUAGAGCAGGAAGUAUCCGGGAUUGUGGAAUGAUUCCACUCCUAUAUUGUUACAGAGCUGCCUGGAUUGUCCUAGUGCAGGGCUUCCCAACGUGUGGGUCCCCAGAUAUUAUUGGACUUCAGCUCCCAUAAUCCCCAGCCCCAGUGGCCUUUGGUUGGGAACUAUGGGAGUUGAAGUCUAAUUACAUCUGGGGACCCACAGGUUGAGAAGCCCUGUCCUAGUGGGAAAGGCAGGGGACACAAAGGCAAUAGAAACUUGUGUGUCUGUGUCUCUGUGUGUUUAGAAAACUCUGCAUCUGCAACUGGAAUCCAUAUGUGCAAAUAAUAUACAUGGCUACGGAUGGGCUUCCUUUCUUUUUUUCAGAUUUUGUUUCUCUCGUUUUUCUCUCGCCUUCCCUGCAAGCAGAUCAGGGUGGGGUACAUGGUUCUGCGACACCCUGUUAUCCUCACACCAACCAGUUAACCCAGGGGGGCUUUCUAGGGAUGUGCAAUUCGGAUCGGUUCGACUCUGGUUUGGGGGUGGUUUUUAGCUGGACUAAAAAUCGGAUUCGACAUGAGACCAUGUGACAAACACAGACCUCCAGACCAACAUCAUCUUGAAGCAAGAGCAUCACUCAACGUCUAACAGAUCCCGCCCCCCUUCAAAUUCCCUAAUCUUAUCCGACACAGGAGAUAGGGCCACUUUGCAUCUCAUCACCCAGAGGGGAGGAAAUUAGAAUACUUUUUGAACUACGAACAGGUGUGAGAUCCACAGUCCGGACAGGUGUGAGAUCCACAGUCCGGACAGGUGUGGGAUCCACAGUCGCCUGAGCCCAACUCGCCCCCCUCCCUCGUGGCUUUAAAGCUAGAGGAUAAAGGCCUGGCCAGUGUCCACUCUUUUCCUGGUGGCGCAGUGGUAAAACUGCCGCCCUGUAACCAGAAGGUUACAAGUUCGAUCCUGACCAGGGGCUCAAGGUUGACUCAGCCUUCCAUCCUUCCGAGGUCGGUAAAAUGAGUACCCAGAAUGUUGGGGGCAAUAUGCUAAAUCAUUGUAAACCGCUUAGAGAGCUCUGGCUAUAAAGCGGUAUAUAAAUGUAAGUGCUAUUGCUAUUGCUAUUGCUAUUCCAUCUGCAAAAAUGGGUGUUCCAUGGGAGAAGCUGUAGAGAUUAACUCUUUCUCAGCCAAAGACCUGCCUACUGAUAAACUAAGGUAAAACUCAGUGCUAGUCAGUUAGUAAAUGCUUUGUGUAUUUUCUUUUGAAUUAGUGUGUUCCUUUCUUUACUCCCUGUUCCACCCUAUCCCCCCCCUCCCCAGUUCCUUAUUCUGUAUGCAACCCUUGUGUCUUAAUAAAGUUCAUAUAC